CUCUAGAGACUUUCGCCUUGCUCCCUUGCAGGAAAGCGCUGCCAUGCCUUUGCGUCGCAUCCUGUUGCUGCUGACCUGGCUGGGCCCAGCCUCUGCGACUGCCCACACCCCUGCCUGCAAAAUGAGGAUCACGUCCAAGGGCUUGGAGCUGGUGAAGCAGGAGGGGCUGCGCUUCGUGGAGCAGGAGCUGGAGAGCAUCUCCAUCCCUGACCUGCAUGGCAAAGAGGGCCAGUUCCACUACAACAUCAGCAACAUAAAGGUGACCCAUCUGCAGCUAAAUUUUUCUGAGCUCCACUUCCAGCCCUCACAGCACCUGGCCUUCAGAAUCAACAAUGGCUCCAUCAGUGUGCAUUUCCAACGCCAGCUCCUGUACUGGUUCUUCUAUGACAUCGGCUCCAUCAAGACGUCAGCUGAAGGAGUCAACAUCCACACACUGCUGAGGCUCUCCAGAGACAAGGGAGGACGACUCAAGAUCGCCAAUAUGAGCUGCAAUGCUUCCAUUGCCCGAAUGCAUGCAGGAUUCAGCGGCACACUUCGAAAGGUGUAUGAAUUCCUGGCCAUACUGAUCACCACAGGGAUGCGCUACCUCCUCAAUCAACAGAUCUGCCCUGUGCUCAACCACGCGGGGCUGGUGCUGCUCAACUCCCUGCUAGACACUGUGCCCGUGCGCAAUCCUGUGGAUGAAUACAUUGGCAGCGACUACUCUCUCCUGAAUGACCCCCAUGUCACUGCUGAGGCCAUAGACCUAAAUUUCAAGGGCACGUUCUUCCCUUUGCAAAGUGAGAACGAAACUCUGCCCAGCCUGGCCGCAGAGCCUCGCAUCACCGAGACGGAGCGCAUGGUCUACAUGGCCCUCUCUGAGCACUUCUUUGAUUCGGCCCUCUUCUCCUACUACCGGGCGGGGGUGCUAAGCAUGGAGUUUGCGGGUGACGAGGUGCCAAAGGACUUGCAGGUGUUGCUGAGAGCCUCCUUCUUUGGAAGCAUUGUGCUGAUGAGCCCUGAUGUGGUGGACGCGCCCCUGACUCUGACGCUCCAGGUCACCGAAGCCCCUCGCUGCAUCAUCAGGCCCUCUGGCACGUCCGUCCCGGUCACAGCCCUGCUCAACAUCUUCUUGGCCCCCCCGGGCCAGCCCCUGAUCCUGCUUUCCAGCCUGACUAUGGAAGCCCGGUUAAGUGCCAAGGUGGUGCUUCAGAAAAAGGCUCUUCGGGUGCAUCUGGAUCUCCGAAGGUUCCGGAUCUACUCCAACCAGUCAGCGCUUGAAUCAUUGGCACUCCUCCCGCUGCAGGUCCCGCUGAAGACUCUGCUGCAGGUGACCAUCAUGCCCUUCAUCAAUGAGAAGACCAAGAGAGGCGUCCAGAUCCCCCUCCCGGAAGGCAUGGACUUCACCAAGGAGGCUGUCAGGAGCCACUUUGGCUACCUCACCAUCGGGGCCGACCUACACUUCAGCAAAGGACUAAGAGAUGUCAUCAAGAAGCUCCGAGGAGCCCCUGGCCCUUCUCUGACCCCCACAGCUGCCUAGGGGCUCUGGGGGUCUCCCCACCCGCUCCAAACUUUUCCUCUUCCUGCAGAGUGGUGCCUGCCACUUGUCGGCCCCAGUUGGGAUGGCCUCUUGUAAGCCCUGGGAGGGUUGAAUAAAGAACUGUGCUGCCCCGCC